AUGAGUUAUGACUCAUGUCUUGAAUUACAAAACCGUUUAUCAGAAUCUUUAAAAACAAAAACCAUUAAUAAAUGUGGUUAUCUUCUUAUUGUAGAACAUAAACCUGUUUAUACAGUAGGCAUUAGACAAAAAGACUAUAAUUCAAUUUUAGAGGAUAAUUUAAUCAAACUAGGUGCAGAAUUCAAACGUACCAACCGAGGUGGUCUUAUCACUUUUCAUGGUCCUGGACAACUGAUUGCUUAUCCAAUUUUAAAUUUAAAAAAAUUUAAUCCUAGUAUUCGGUGGUACGUUGCAAAUUUAGAAACAACUAUUAAAAACCUUUGUAAUGAGACUUAUGGGCUUAAUGCAACUACUACAUCUGAUACGGGAGUUUGGAUAGAUAAUCAUAAAAUCUGUGCAAUAGGUGUGAGAUGUAGCCGAUAUGUUACUACACAUGGUCUUGCUUUGAAUUGUAAUACUGACUUAUCUUGGUUUAAACAUAUUGUGCCUUGUGGCCUACAUGAAUAA